AUGGCGAGAUAUUUUCAAAAACCACCCAAUUAUGUCUUAGCAUGCAUAUUAUGCUCUGCAAAUGGUCUUCUCUUUGGCAUGGACACGGGAAUUAUAGGCCCCGUAACCGACAUGACAGACUUCAAAGCUGUUUUCGGUGGAAGUCAAAGUGCCACUAUCCAUGGACUGAUUGUGUCCAGUAUAUUGAUUCCCGCAGCCUUGUCCUCGCUCUUUGCUGGACAUCUUGCCGAUCGCCUCGGUCGUGCGAUGGGGAUCAGUAUCGGCUGCUUCAUAUUUGGCGUGGGAGCAGCUAUAGAAGCAUCGGCUGUUAAACUUGGAAUGUUCAUUGCGGGUCGUGUUAUAGAAGGGCUAGGAGAGGGCUUGUUCCUGGGAAAUUUGGUCGUUUAUAUUUGUGAAAUCUCGCCUACUAAACAUCGGGGUCCUCUAACGACUGGCCCCCAACUGGUUAUCACGGCUGGUAUCUUCUUGGGAUACUUUACUUGCUAUGGGUCUUCGAGGCAUAUUGAGUCGUCAUUCUCGUGGCGCACGCCUUUUAUUCUGCUUGCUUCUCUUGCUAUGAUUCUCUCCGUGGCCUCGUUGCUUCUUCUGCCCCCGUCGCCUCGUUGGUUGGCAAUGAAGGGUCGUCAUGCGGAAGCGAGCGCCGUGUGGGAAAAGUUGGGCGUGGAUUAUAAAGAACAUGAAAAGAUUGAUUUGCAAGAAUCAUCUCCAGACGAUGUGGCUUCCAAGCAAGGCACGAUGGAUAAAAUGCUGGAUAUCUUCUCUAAGGAUGUCCGGUCCCGCACAAUUCUUGCCGUCUUCAUGAUGGCCGCACAGCAGCUGAGUGGAAUUGACGGCGUGCUAUACUACGCUCCAUUGUUAUUCCAGCAGGCCGGACUUACGUCUUCAAGCGCAAGCUUCUUCGCCUCAGGAAUCUCUGCCCUAGUUAUUUUCGUCGCGACUAUUCCCGGAACACUUUACGCCGACAAGUGGGGAAGAAAGAGCAGUAUCAUCUAUGGCGGAAUCGGACUCGCAGUUACGAUGUUCGUCAUUGGAUCGCUCUACGCAGGAAAUGCAGUUCACACCACCACUGGCGCCGGUCGCUGGGUCGUUAUAGUCUUCAUCUACCUAUUCGCCGUCAUAUAUUCCAUGACGUGGGCUGUAAGCGUCAAGAUCUUUGCGGCAGAGGUGAAUCCACAACGCUGUCGCGCUGCGACAGCUACCCUUGCUCACAGUUCAAACUGGCUUGCGAACUUUGUUGUCGCACUUGUCACGCCGAUCCUGCUGGCGAAGAGUAGUUAUGGGGCUUACUUUUUGUUUGGGGGUUGUUCAAUUGCCACUGCGGGUGUCGCGGCGGUGUUUAUGCAUGAGACCAAGGGUAAAUCCCUGGAGGAGAUUGAGGAGACCUUUAAGCCCAAAUCUGCCAAGAAAUCAUCUGGGAAUGAUGAUGCUUCCACAACUAUUUUUCAUCAGCCAAAAUCCUCGGUUUGA